AUGGAACGAGCUGUAGCUGCAGUAGUAAGUGGCGUAAUGGGAUGCAAGAAAGCUUCAAUUCAAUUCCAGCUUCCACAAACUACAUUGGAAAGAUACGUGAAAAAGCGUAGGACUGACCCAAAUUCUGUGAUUGAUAAAACCGCUGGCAAAUAUCACUGUGUUUUACUCAAGAGCAAGAGGUCAGAAGCAGAAGAGGGAAACAGAAAAGAUGUCUCAACCAAAAAGCAAAAGGUAAUAGAAGCUAGAGUAAGCUCCGAGGAGAAGAAGGAGAAGACACAUUAUGUUUAUUCUAUAACGACCAAUAUUCAACCUCAACCGAAGUGUAAAAAGUGGGCUCAUUACUCUUGUGCGGGAAUAGAUGGUAACGACGAUGAGUCAGAACUGAUUUGUGACAUUUGUAAACCCGAGUACCCCAUCGUGCCCCGCCGACAAGGCAGAAUGGAGUAAAAGACACUUUUUGUUUAAGUCGAUGACAUAAAAAACUGUUAGCCUUAUUUCCAUAUUUGUUUGUGUUUCAUGUUUAUGAUACCUCAUUAGAUCAUUAUGUACCUUUUUAAAUUUCUGUACAUCAUUACCCACCCAAACUUGAAAUGAAUGUUACGGUCCCCCAUUCCUC